UAGAUGUCAGCCAGUUUCACUUCUCUGCAGUACAGUACAGGAAUCAGGAGUCGCAUCUCUUUGCUCUCUUUAGAAACAGUCCAGGCAAAAAGAUAAGUUCUCAUUCAGGUCGAGCCUUUUCUUCAGAGCUUUUUCAUCUGCUAUCUGUUCCUUGUUUCAGGUAAGACAAUCUUGGAAAAGAUGCUUCUCUCUGUGACUGUAUUCCUCAUGCUCAUGCCGUGCUCCUGGGGAGAGAAUCCUGCCGUGCAAGUCAUCCUGACAAACAAGGGGCUACAGUAUGGUAAACACGUGGGAACUGGAUGGGUUCAAGACAAGUUGAAACAAAUAACCCUCCCUGACAUCAGCGGUAGUGUUAACAUCUUUAUUGGAGACGUACACUACACAUUAUCAGGUGUGACUAUUAAAAAGUGUGACCUUCCAGAGCCUAAUGUUGAGUUCUUCAAAAGUAUAGGCUUGAAUACAUCCAUCACUGGUCUCAGUUUUGCUGCUAGUGGUGAAUGGAGCACACGGUUUGGUGUAAUACAUGACGGUGGAUCAUUCGACAUGGCUAUAUUCAACAUUGGUCUGAUCUCUUAUGUGAAACUGAGAAAUGAUGCUAAGGGGCAUCUGUUUGCCACCAGCAUCGGCUGUGAUGCUUCAGUCGGUGACGUGAUCCUCAAUUUCUACGGUGGAGCUAGUAUUAUUUUUAAGCCAUUUAUCAAGUAUUUCAAGGGACAUAUACUUAGGAAAAUACAAGAGGCCAUCUGUCCUGCGGUUAGGACAGCCAUAAUGGAGUUAGACCUCCAUCUACUGACCAUGAAUGUUUCCUAUAAUGUGAAUGAGGUUCUCAGUCUUGACGUCCCUCUCUCUGGUCUACCUGUCAUUGGUGCCUCAAACCUGCAGUUAGGAUUCAAGGGGGAGUUCUACAGCAUCAAAACUCACAAAGAGCCUCCCUUUGAGCCCCAGAAGUUCAUCCUCCCUGCACAGGCAGGCUAUAUGCUGUCAGUGGGAAUGUCUGAGUUCACUCUGAACUCGGCCUCCUAUGGAUACUUCUCAGCUGGAGAGCUUCAUGUCCUCAUUAACGACAGCAUGAUACCUCCUGGUAUUCCUUUCCACCUGAAUACCUCCUCAAUGGGAAAUUUAAUUCCUCAGCUUCCUAAGAUGUUUCCAGGUUUGAUGAUGAAUCUGAAUGUUUAUGCCCGGGAGGCUCCGCUGUUUUCCUUCCAACCCGGCGUCACGACCCUGGGGGUCAAAGCCAGUGUGAAGGCCUCUGCUAUUGAACCAAAUGGUACUCAGGUCCCACUGUUCACACUCAACAUUGAUUUGAGUGCCUCCUUUAAAAUGAUGAUUGGUAAAGGAAAGCUGAUGGGCUCUAUGGCAGUGGAUAACAUUACCCUGAGCCUUGCCUCCUCUGAAAUCGGAGACUUUAAGAUUGAUCCGUUGGAGACCUUAAUGAAGACAGCCGUGCGUCUUGCCCAGAUGAAAGUGAACUUAAUACUGGGUAAGGGCAUCAUUUUACCGAGAAUGAAGUAUGUGCAGCUGGUUAACACAGUACUGAAAAUGGACAAGGGGUUUGUGGCCGUUUUUUCAGAUGUGGAGACUCUGCAAACAGACAGAAACGACUACACCUAAACAUCAAAUAUGCAAAAUCACUCUUUGUUUUCUAGGUUGAUAAUGAAAUUUUCUCCAGAUUGAACUGAUCCGAAUGUUUUUCCACCAGAUAAAAGCACUUUUUAAUGAUUCAACCACAUCUUUCCAAGAGUUGCUAUCAGAUACUGAAUUAACACAUUAAUAAAUAUGUCAAAUUAUUAACAAAUCUGGUAAUUAAUACAACUGAUCAAAGACCUGAAGUCUGUAAUUGUUUAAUAAUAAAUAUUAAUAUAGGUCCUA